UCGUCGAUGGCCUGGCGCUGGGCCGCGAUCAGCAGCGCUUUAGCCAUGGCCAUGGCCGCCGGCCCUGCCUUUACGUCGACGCUCGUGCAGCUCAACCGUUGCACGCCGUCGUCGACGACCGCGGCUUGCCUCGCGUACGAGCGCUGCAAGGCGACCCAUCGCUGCGGCCGCGCGGUCGAAGAGUACACGAUUGCGACGGCAACGCUGCAGAGCUUUGGGCAGCAGUUUCCCCAAGGCAACCGCACGGCGAUUCCGCUCAUGAACGACUUUGAAGACUGGAAGACAGGCAUGCUCGGGUGGCGCAUCACGCCCCACUUUGCGCCGCCCACGCCGUUUGGCCUCUCGACGUACGCGUGGCCAGUCCUCGGGUCGCUCGAGCUCGCGCAAGGCAACAUCCUCAUCGAUACGACGACCGCUCGCAUCUACGGCGACGUCACGCUGCAGGGCGUCGUGACGCGCACGGCGGCCAACACGACGGUCGCCGUCUUCAACUUUCUCACGCUCUACCUCGGCGACCAAGUCCGGGUGCAGCUCAAGGGCGUAAACGCACUCGUGCUCCUCAGUCGCAGCAGCGCAGUCAUCGACACGCCGCUCGUGGCCCCGCCGGGCCUGCUCGGAGGGUUUCCCGGAGGCGAGUACUCUGCAGCGUACAACGUCAACGGCCCGGGCAGCAGCAAUGUGCGCGUGUACGUGCACACGAUCUCGACGACCGCGACGGUGUCGCCAACGAUCCAGCAAGUGAGUACGCGCGCGGCCCCGGGUCAGACCAUUCGAGGAACGUUUGUGCUGCAGCUGCGCCAGGUUAACUCGUCUGAAAUUCCCUAUGACGCGUCGGCGCAAGCCGUCAAGCGUAUCAUUGAAGACAGCUUUGCGUCCGUCCACGUAGGCAUCGUCGACGUCCAAAAGGUCGGCCAAGACAUCGCCAGUGUUGGCCGCGCGUGGCGCAUCACGUUCAUGACCGCCGUUGGUCAAGUGCCGCUGCUCACGAGCUUCUCUCGGCUCACGGGGCUCGACUCGAGCGUGCAAACUAGCCUCCUGGCGCCUGGCAACCAACUCGACGGGUACUUUCGGCUGCGAUUCCUCGGACAGCUGUCGCCGCCGAUUGCAUACAACAUCAAGCCUCGCGAGUUUGAGACGCUCUUACUGCAGGCUUUCAAUCUCACUUCGGCGUACGUGCAGCGCUCGGACCCCCUCGACCAGUGCGCCCAAGGAGGCUACGCUGGCCAGCCCAGUUCGAGUGAACCUGCGUGGCUUUUGCCCGACUCGGCCAACCCACAACCGCCGCUCUGCGGCUCGGCACCGACCAGCGUACGAGGCUACGUCUGGAACGUUCAAGUCACCACGACUCGUGGCAACGUCAGCCCGACGAGUCCGACAUCCUUUGUGACGCCCGCGCCGCUCGACGCGUUCGUGGCAGUCACCGCCAACUCGGAAGGACCAACGCUGCUGGGUGCAGGCGCCUCGAUCAUCAUCUCGAGUGCUCUUGGGUUUUCGAUGGCUUAUGGUGGGGCCGGUGGGGCCUACGGGGGCGUCGGUGGCCCGGGGUAUAGCAGUCCACUGCCGCUGUCGACCUACGGAGAUGUGGCGAUAUCGGACCUUCUUGGCGGCAGUGGCGGCGCCGGUGGCGGCCAAGUCGCCGUCGACAUAUUGCCGCAUCCGCGACCAAUCCUUGGCGGCGCUGGCGGCGGUGCCAUGUACAUUGGCGCCAUCAACGACGUGACGAUCGGACCGUCGGGAUUGCUCUCUGUGAACGGCGCCCCCGGUGAAGCGGGUUUCUUUCCGGGCGGCGGUGGCAGUGGCGGAUCUCUCGUAUUGACCAGUGGCACGAACGUGCACGUCCUCGGCGUACUCCAAGCAGUGGGCGGCGCUGGCGGCAGCAGCAGCCAGUACCCGCUCGGCGGCGGUGCAGGCGGCGGCGGGCGCAUUAGCGUCCAAGCCCACGCGUACGCCGUUGCACCGACCGGUGCGAUGCUCUCGCAAGGCACUUUGCACUUGGACCUCCAAACUCAACUCCAGUUGUCCCACGACCCGUUUCGAGGCGCGGCCCAAACCACCAAAUCGCUCUACUUGGCCAAGUACACGCUGGACCCGAACCCGCGCAUGGAAGGUCCUGCGUACUCGUUCCCGCCGUCGCAGCCGGCACGCAUCUCGUACUUCACCAUGGUCGGCGCGACGCAAGAAGGGACACUCGCCACGAACCGAGGUGCGGUAUUCAACUGUGCGGUGUUUGGGGUUGUCGGUGUCGCCGACGCCACCACCUUUGUCUGGGCCAUUGGGCUCGUCAACGGCCGCUUCACAUUCGGCGCUGGGCUUCCGACGCAUGCACAGCCGCUCCGCGAGCUCUACGCCGAGCCCGUCGUGCCCUUCCGAUGGUAUCAAGUUGAUGUUUUCAUGGACUGGACCCGCUCCACGCUCUCGAUCCGACUCGAUGGCGUCACGGUCGCCGCCGACGUAGCCUUUGCGACAGACAAGUUGUCUUCUGUUGGCAUCUACCUCGCUGAUGCGAUGCAGACGUGGUGGGAUGAGAUCUACGUCGGCACCGACGAGACGCUGCAGUUUGCAUGCCCCCGCAUGAACCCCGUCACGGGUCAGCUCUCGGUGGCUCCGCGACCGCGCCCGCUUUGGAACACCGCCGUUCUGGGCCCGGCCACCACGUUCAGUGGCAAAGUCCGACACGCUAGCCACGUCUCUGCCCGUCCUAUCUACGCCUAUAACGACGGCGGCUUGGUCCCAAACGACGGACCGGCGCACCGGUCGUACUUGAACGAUAUUCGGGAUGCGCGAACCUACGACGGGUCGGACGAUGCGCUGAUCAGUCUCGGCGAGCUGCUCAAUGUUCCUCUUCCACUGGACCCUUCGAUCGUGCUGCCGUUGACGCCGAGUCCGGACGCGUCGCCACAGGCCUCCUUGCGCACCCCCAACGAGACUGACUACUGGUACAGUGAAGUGUAUGGCAGUAGCGGCGGUAUCGGCGCCUGCUCGACCAAUGACGGCGGCCGCACGUGGCGCAACGAAGGCGUGAUGCUGCAUUUCGCCAACUUGACCGACCCGUUUGGCAAUACGCUGCAACAGUCGCUGCGCGCGUCGCGGCCCAAGGUGGUUCUCAACCCGAAUGGCCAAUUUGUCUUGUGGAUGCACGUCGACAACGCUGCGAAUCAGGUCUUUCUUGCUAUGGGCCUGAGUGGCGUCGCGGUUGCUGCGUACCCCAACGGACCAUUCGAGUUUCAACGGAGUUUCUACCCGAUGGCGGCGACCGAGGCACCGGGGGGGCAGCCCAUCAACGAGACACACGACCAAACUGUCUUUUGCGCCAGCGAAUCGGAAGCCUUCUUAGUGCAGAGCUACUACAAGACGGUCGAGUACUGGUUGCCACGGCCCAUCAUGGACCCGCUCUGGGAAAGCGUCAAGCACUCGGACGGCUCGACGUACUACGCACUCACCUACCACCGCGCCUUCUUUUCUGAUGCGUACGACAACGUCGACGACAUCUACCUCCAGCGCUUUCGGUCCGAAGACAUUGACUGGAGUAUCUCGUGCUGCAACCGCACGACUAACGUGUGCUCGCCCAGCGUCGACCCCAAUGACCCCGAGAACAAUGCGUUUCGAGCGCACUCGGUGCCUUCGCACACAGACUGGGGCUUCCCCGUAUACAACAUCAAGACGUGGCGGGGCUCAUACUUUGAUGCCCUCGCGACCAACAUCACGCGACUCCUCUUUGAAACGUUUGCGGGCAUGUCGAGCACCUACGCGACGCCUCCGUCCCUCCAAGUCACGUACCCGCUGCCAGGCGAGAGUGCGCCGUUCAUCAAUGUAAAUGACCCGCCCAACGUCCUCGAGCUGAUCCUCGACACGAUGGGCGUGCCGCUGCCGCGGUCGUUCGUCGCCAAGUUUGACGAAUUUGACAUGACGUACAUUGACGGGAACGGCGACAACAAAAUUACACUGGACGAGCUCGCGGCGCUGCAAACGACCGGCAUCAAAGUGCUGAGUACGGCGACGUACAACCAAUUUCAAACAGAGUUUGCGGCGCUGAAACGCGCCCAACUCCAAGCGCUCAACCCCAACGGCGACGACAAAGUGACGUACGCAGAGUUCACCGCGUGGAUCGGCAACGACCCUGGCCUCAUGUUUGACCGCUUCGACUUGGACAAAUCUGGGUACUUGGACGAGAACGAGCUCUCGCGCUUCUUCAUUGACCGGCAGCUUCCGCGCCUGGACCUGAUUUCGAUCCUUCUGGAUCCCGACUUUGACGGCCGCGUCUAUUACGAUAUGUUUGAGAGCUUUGUGCUCAAUGCCACGACGGUGCUCUUUGUCCAGUACGACUUUGACCGCUCCAACAGCCUCGACAGCAGCGAAAUCGCAUUGCUCGAAGCCGACCUUGGCGUCACCUUCCUCGACACCUCGGUCCUCGCACAGCUUGUGGACCCGACCUCGCAUCUGUUGACGUUUACGGCGUACCAGCAGUGGAUGAGCGCUUCGACGAGCCUCGUUCACGAUCGCGUCCAGCAGUAUAAAAUCGACAAUGCGAUCGUAUCGACGCAACCCGACCGGAUGACGGGCCCUCUCCACGUCGUUGAGCAGCGCCGGGCAAAGUACCUCAGCAUCGCCCGCCUCUCGCCCGACUUUCUCUCGACCGAGACCCUCGUGGUUGAAUUGGAAGGCGACUUUGACGGCGAGGGCUCGCUUGUCGACUUUGCGCGGUUCAACAUUGCGUUUGCGGAUCUCAGUGCUAGCUCGACGCCUCCGCGCACGGUGCCCUUUCGUCAAUUCCUCGCACCGGCGGACUUUGGCCACGUGGCCAGUUACUGGAACGGCUUCCAGUGGGAGCUCCGACCGUCGGCGCCGCCUCGCUUCACUUACGGAACCGAGUGUACGACGCUCACACCGACCAACAACGCCGACUGCCUCCCGUGUGCGUCGCAGUCGCCGUACAUGUCGCCCCUUGUGCUGCAGUACCAGAGCCUUGUGCCUACGCUCGACCAGUGCCGCAACGACAAGGCGCUCGACGCGUACAUCAAGCAGUUUGACCAGCAAGUGUCGAUCACGCUGCGCUUUGAGCAAGUGGCUCAGCUGACCUCGGCGGGCGUCCAGCCGCACUACACGCCGUGCUUCAACCACUCCGAGUCGGUGCCAUGCGACGUCUUUCAGGCGUACGAAGGCAAUGUCGGCGAUACGGCGCUGGCGACACCGUGGAACGUGGCGUGGGACCGCAGCCUGCGCAACGUCGGCACGUCGACCAAAUUGCGCGCGAGCCCGAUGCAGCAAACGUCGUUCGGCCAAACCUACGCCGAGCGGUACCCGGAUCGCUUCCGGACACCGCCCAGCACGCUCUAUAUCAACUCGACCAACGUGCCCGACCAGUACGCCAAUGUCCUCGGCGGCGGCUAG